AUGUCUCCAUAUGCACCAGAAAAUAAUCAGGACCCUGGUGGAGGUCUUGUAACAGAAGGAAACCAACCACAACAAAACAAUUUUGUAAAUACUAACAAAUCCCCAACAACUACACCACCACCACAAACUAGUAACGUAGUUAGUACACCACCAGCAACAGCCAUUAAUGCAGCAGGUGUAAAUAAUGGUUUAAUUAAUGGGGUUUUAAAUAAUUCCUCUUCUUCUUCCUCCUCCUCUUCUUCUUCCUCUUCCUCAUCACCAACACCAACUUCAAUAUCACCACCAUUAUCUGAUAUUGAACAAACAUUAAAUGCAUAUCCAACUGAUUUACCUGAAUUGGUUGUAGCAGCAUGUUGGUGGGCAGAAUCUUUGGGAAAGUUAAAUAUGAACAUACCAAAAGAGAAUAUAAAACGUUUCCGUAAAGAACUCAUUUUUGCUCUUCGUGAUAGAAUAAAAGGCCAUUGGUAUCCAGAUUACCCAGAACGUGGUCAAGGUUAUCGUGCAAUCAUUUGUGAAGAAACAACCGAUAGAUUAUUAAUGGAUGCUGCAAAGAAAUCCGAUAUUGUCGGUGAAUUUAGACAAUUGGUAAAACAAAAUACUACCAUGUGGAUUGAUCCUGGUAAUGUUACCUAUCGUCAUGGUAAACAUUAUGAAAAAACUUUAUAUCCAUUUAAUAGUAUCAACAACCACUAUAGUCACCACAACAACAACAACAACAACAACAAUGGUAUUAAUAUUACCAAUAGUAACAAUACUAUACCAAUUAAUACAAGUGGUUAUCAUAACAUCAAUAAUCAUUUAAACAAUAGUAAUAAUACAAUCCCACCUCAACAAUCUCAACAACAUAUAAAUAAUAAUAAUAACAAUAGUAAUAACAAUACCACCAAUAAUAUAAUUUUAAAUAGUUUACAUCAUCACCAAACCCAAAUUUCUCAACAACAUUUAAAUAAUAAUAAUAAUCAAAACAACUUUUCAUAUGGAAUUACAUCAACAAGACUCACCCAAAACGUUGUAAAUAGUAAUAGUAAUGGUCUUAAUGGUAGAGUUUCAUCACCAUCCCUUUCAUCCACUGCACCUGUAUUUUCUCCUUCAAAUUCUAUGUAUCAUCAUGUCCAACAACAAUCUCAUUCACCUUCAAUUUCUCCACCUGCUUCUCCAUCCAAAGAUCUUGGUAACAGUAGCGGUAACAAUACAAAUGUAUAUUCUUCAAACAAUAAUCUUUUCUAUAAUUCAAAUACUUCAUCUUCAAAAAUAAAACUUGCAUAUUCUUAA